CAGAUAACCGAUAAUACCGUCGAUUGUCUUGCAGCACGUCGGACUGGUGGUAGUAAUUUUCGCAAAAAAGUUGCCAUACAGUCAGUAAUUUAUAGAGGAUUCCUAUAAGAGUAAGCGGCAAGCAGCAACGGAGCAGGCAAUAUCCGAUUAGACAGGAAUCUAUCUAACUAAACAAAUUACAUAAAUAAAAUAAAAACAAACAAAAAAAUAAAUAUUAAUAAAACAUCUGGCAAAACGUACGCAGAAACAUAUAUCGAAGGAGACGUAGCAGAAGAGAAAGACAGACUUUAGGACAAAGCAACCGAAGGGAGCCCCAUCAAUUAACAAGCAGCUAUACAUAUACAGCUUAACAUAUAUAUUCACAUAUAUAUUUAUAUAUCGAUAUAUAUAUAUAUAUUUUUGUGUGUGUGUCUCUGUGUGCGUGCGUGUCUGUGUGUACUAUACAAAAUUUUUGUUUUGUUUCGCGUGUGUUGUGUUGUAUAACACCACACAGGGAGAGCACAGAGAGCCAGAGCGAGAGCGAGAAGCAGAUCAAACAGGAUCGAGCUACCAAGAGUACCGUUAACAAAGAGCGAGAGCGCGCUAGGAACAGCGAGCCCCUCCAGUGAGACGAAAAUCCACGAAUUACAUUUUUUCGCUCCCGAGUCGAUAGAGAAAAAUUAUCACCAUUCCACUAUCAACGUACGACGCCGCUCCCCUUUUGCACACUUACGACGAUAGUCCGCAGCGUUGGGCUAACGGUACUAGCAACGGGCAUCAGGCAGGCGUCAUCAUAGAUCAGUUCCGCCACAGCGCCAAAACGAUCACCAUUGAGGGAGGCACCAGUACCGGUGAUACGACGAGCAUCGGCGGCGGCGGCACCAACACCAGCAGCAGCGUCAACAGCAGCAGCAGUGGGUGCGGCAGCGGCAGCGGCGGCGUCAACGAUUUGCGUUUGAUAAUAACGUCGUCGAAACCAAACGAUAUUAUCGAGCGCAAUUACGAGCAAUUGAGCAAUCGCGGCGGUGGAGGCGGAGGCGGCGGCGCCGUUUUAGGCGUCACCAGCAGCAGCAGCGGCAGCGGCAAUAACGGCAGCGGCGGUACCGGAGGCCAAACACCACCGACACCACUAUCGGCAUUAACAACAACCACAUCGACAACACCAACAACGGCGUCAACCAUUGGCCAGAAGACACUGCUGAAUACCAGUCCGAAUCUAUUGCCCAUCACCACAGCGACCGAUACGUUCAAUAAUCUCAAGAAUCUGGUGAAGAUUGACAAGGGCACAAGCAGCAACGGUGCGAACCACAACGGCGGCAAUUAUCGUUCCAAUAAAUCAAUUGGCGGCAACGAAUCUGGACUGAGUGGUCGCAACGGUAGCCGUUCAAGCACUGGUUCGAUCACAGGUGCUAACUCAUCGGGAACAGGCGGAGUUGGAGGCGGUGUAGGAGGACAGCAAAUUGGUGGCCCUAGCGGACACUACUCCAGUGGCUAUAACAAGAAUACCGUCAAAAUUCGUCAACACGAUUCGGAGCUAAGCCCAAGGCCUCGACGAUCAUAUCAAAACGAUUCGUCGUCGUCGCGUUACUAUAGCAAAAAUAGUGACAUUUUGGGUGCAGCGACUGGCAACAAUAAUAGCGGAGGCGGCGGCAUUGGCGGCUUGACUAACGGCAGUCAGCAGUCAGCUGAUAGCAGCAGUUAUAACGGUAGUCUGGGAGUUCAUCGUGGUAGUCGGAACAACUAUCACUCGAGCUCCUCCGAUGGCGUCAGCUACAAUCGAAAUCUAAACACAAACUCCUCGGCGGGCGGCAACAGCAGCGGCAGCAGCUAUCGCGCCUCGCAUCAAGCAACUGGCAGCGGCUCACGCUACGAGACGGUCAAUGGCAAUGGCAACAGUAGCAGCAACAACAUCAACCACAACAGCAGCAGCAGCAGCAGCAGUAGCAGCAGCGGACAACAGCAGCAGCAGCAGCAACAACAACAACAACAACAACGUCAUUACGGCAGCAAUUCGACAAUUGGCAAUCCAAAUAAAUCAAAUUACGGCUCACAGCGCAACGAUGGCAGCGGCAGCAGCAACCACAACAACAACAACAAUAAUAACAGCGGCAGCCUGAGUGGACGCUAUCAACGUGACGACUAUAGCCAGCGGGACAAUUAUAGGGAUAGCUACGCAGACGAAUCACCGGCACAUCAACGCUACAGCGCAGGUGGUGUAGGAGGAGGAAGCGGCGGCAGCGGCGGCGGGCGUUACAAUAAUCGAGGCAACAACGACGAGCGUUACGAGCGUGGCCAGAACUUGAGACACACUGCAGCAAGCAACAAUCUGCAACAGCAGCAGCAUCAACAACAACAGCAGCAAAGUUAUCAUCAUCAGCAACAGCAGCAGCAGCAACAGCAAUCAUACAAGUCGUCUACACCGCCACCAACAGCAACAGGAGGAGCAGCAUCAUCAGUAACAGGAGGCGCAGCAUCAAUUGGUGCCGGCGCUGGAGCUGGAGCACAGCAACCCAUUACCGGACGCUGGAUACCGCCAUCGUUGCGUCCACAGCAUGGCCUAACGCAGAGCGAGAAGAACGAUGCAGUUUUCCGACGUGUCCGUGGCAUAUUGAACAAAUUGACGCCCGAGAAAUUCCAAGAGUUGAGCGAUGAGCUGCUGAAGCUAGAUCUGAAUUCGAUUGUCAUAUUGAACGGUGUCAUCUUACUGAUCUUCGACAAAGCCUUGGACGAGCCGAAGUACUCGUCUAUGUAUGCACAGCUGUGCAAGCGUUUGUCCGAGGAAGCGCCAUCAUUUGAAAAGGAUCCAAAUAAUUCGUGCACAUUUCUACGUCUUCUGAUUGCCGUCUGUCGCGACAAGUUCAACAAUCGCUUGAAGCGCGAUGAGGCCAACGAUAAUCGACCACCGCCCGAGAAUGAGGCCGAUGAGGAGGAGCGACGCCAUCUGGCCAAGCAGAGAAUGCUGGGCAAUGUUAAAUUCAUUGGUGAACUCAACAAGUUGGACAUGCUGUCGAAGCAUGUGUUGCACGCAUGCAUUAUGGAGCUAUUGGAUAAGAAGAAGAAACGUACGGCCGGGGCGCAAGAGAUGUGCGAGGACAUGGAAUGCCUGGCUCAAUUGCUCAAGACUUGCGGCAAGAAUCUGGAUUCAGAACAGGGCAAAGAGCUGAUGAACCAGUAUUUUGAGACGUUGGAACGUCGUUCAAAAUCAACUGAAUAUCCACCAAGGAUACGCUUUAUGCUAAAGGAUGUCAUCGAGUUGCGUCAAAACAAUUGGAUACCGCGCAAGGUUGGCGGCAGCUCCGAAGGACCCGUCCCGAUAAAGCAAAUACGCUCGGACGAUGACUCCAUCAUACGCACCCAAUUCGCCAAUCGCAACCGCGACAUGCGCAACAAUGAUCGCGACGGCGAUAGCUGGAUGAAUCGCUUCCAUUUGAAUAUACAGCCUGGCGGCUACAAUGAUAUGUUUAGCGGACUCAGUGUUACGGGCGCAUCGCCCAUUGUAUCACCCUUUGCCACAAGCAACAAUCGGGAUCGGGAUCGUGAUCGCGACAAUCGCCAAUACAGUAAUCGUGAUCGUAACCGUGACCAGGGCGGCAACAGCGGUGGAGGCGGCAGUGGCGGUGGCAACUACGGCAACAAUCGCUACAACAAACACAACAACCAGAAUGGAUCUGGCGGCGGCGGCAGCAGCAACAAUCGCGAUGAUUCACGUGGCGGCGGCGGCGGCGGCAGUGGCGGCUCGCAUCGUAACAAUGAUCGCAACAACGAUCGGAAUAAUGAUGGCCAGUACGGCGGAGGCGGCAAUCAAAUGAUGCUGGGCGGCAAGGAGUUGGCGCCACGUUUCAAGCGCAACUUGAUAUCGACCAAUCAGGAUUCGGUUGAGAAUCUGCAAAUGCGUCCAGCAGCUAAUUCGUUGCUGUUCCGUGCCGCCUCGCAGAAUCAGAAAUUCCCGGCCACGCUGCCCAUUUCGACGCCGCCCAGCGGCAACAGCAGCAGCUCAUCUGCACAGCAAUCGGCCACAUCGCAGCUCUCCAAUUCGCACUAUCCAUUGCUGGGCACACCCACAUCACAUCUGAUCAACACUCCGGUGCGGCCAUCGUCUACGCCCUCGGCGGAAUAUGGUAUCGAGAAUCGUGGGCUGCACGCAGUGCAGCAGCUGGGCGAGAAGAGCCUGAAGGCAACAUCGUCGUCGCCCAAUUUCGGUCAAUCGGCAGCCAUGGAGCAGGACAAGAAGUUAACAGCAGGAUUAGCAGCAGGUGGUAAUGAUAAUAAGGAGCAGCAGCAGCAGCAGCUGGGAGCCAAUGCCAAGAAUGGCGGCUCCGACCGACCGACAACACCAUCUGGCUCCGGCUCCGGCAAGCAGCAGAAGAAGGACAAGGGACCAAGCAAGGAAGAGUUGUCCAAGAAGGCGCAAGCCUACUUCAAGGAGAAAUUCUACUAUGAGGAGAAGCAGGAAGCGGAUGAUGAGCCGAUUGUAAAGCAGGAAAUCGAAAAUGAAGAUGAGCAACAAACCGAAUCGGAAACAGUGGAACCCGUCAAUGGACAACGCGAUCAGUUUACGGAAUUGGUCGAAGGAUUUAUUGAGCUAAAACUACCGGAAAAAUCGCUCAAGGAUGUCUGUCUCAAUCUAUUGAUGGAGGUGCUUGACCGUGUCAACGACGUCUAUUUGGAACGUGUCGUGCGCUUCUUGCAGACAUUGCGCAAGCAGGCCAACAUCAAGCCAAAUAUCAUCGUUGAGAUCUUCAAGCAGUUGGUCAACAAGAUGAACGAGCGCGAGGCACUUAACCCACGCAUCACAGCCCUGGUCGCCUCCGUGCUCAGCAAGGCCGUAUGCGAGCCGGCUCUGAUAAAGCUUAACGACAUUGCCAACUACACGGACAAUGGACAACAUUAUCCAUUGUUUUUGCUGGUGCUGCAGCAGCUGCACAAGACCAUUGGCAAGGAUGCGCUGGAGGAGAAGUUCCGUGCUAGCAAAAUUGAUUUGAUGAACAGCCUGCCCGAGGUGGAUCGCAACAAGGAGCGUUUGGCCGAAAUUCUAGAGGAUCGACAGCUGUCCUUCCUCUAUCCAUUGCUCAAGGUGCAGGCAGAGAUGCUGAAGCAGCUGCAAAACGAUCCAAAUCCAAACAAUUUCUACAAGUGGAUCAAGGCUAAUGUGGAUAACAAGUACUACAAGGACCCAGGCUUCAUCCAGGCACUCAUGACCGUUGUGGUCAAAUACAUCACCAAGGAGACAACAUUGGCUAGCAACGUGGACCCCAAGGAGCAUCCCGAGAAAUCAAUAAUACAAAAGGAACAAAACAUGCUGGAGACCUACAGCCAAAUGCUGCAAACUUUCCUAGGUCAAAACGAAUUGCAAUUGAUGGCGCUUUAUGCACUGCAGACUUUCUGUUAUAACGAGAACUUCCCCAAGGGCAUGCUUUGUCGCUGGUUUAAAUAUCUCUACGACUUCGAAAUCAUUGAGGAGGAAGCAUUCGUUUUAUGGAAGGAGGAGAUAUCGGACAAAUAUCCAGGCAAGGGCUCAGCAUUGUUCCAGGUGAACGCCUGGUUGACCUGGUUGCAGGAAGCUGAAUCCGAGGAUGACGAAGAUUAAAGCGCCCCAUAAUCAAUAAACGAUGCAUAAUAAUCCAACACACACACUAUAUAUGUAAUAACACUUCUAUAUAUAUUUAUUCGCAACCAGCUAAAC